CAAAAAACCACGAGAAAACUGUCUGUAAAUAGAAUAAAAUAUUUAGCCGUCAAUAAGUAUAAUUAAGCAUAAAAGAUGAGUGAAUUGCAUACAUUUAAAGAACAGCUUGGAAAGUAUCUACUAAGGACAGAGAAUCCUGCAGAGAAUUUGAUAAAAUUUGAAGUUAAUGAUGGACCGGAUUUUUGUUUUACAAUAAAUCUUGAUUUAUGGGCUAAUUACUUUAAAUUCGAGGAAUCGAGAUCAUUCAACAAUAACAUAUUGAUCUAUGCUACAGAUAAUGAAAAUAAUGAUGAGAAACAAGCAAUGGAUGCAUUAAAAAAUGAAUCGGAAAAGUUUGCGCUUAAAAUUGAUAAUCUAGAAGUUAAAAACAUGAAAUGCUUCAUUAAAUUGAUGAGGAACAGCACGUUCAAGACAAUGUUUAAGUCCAUUCCAUCAGAGGAUUUCGGAAGGGCACAAAAAUGUGGAGAAACUGUGUCAAUCAAUAUAUUGGAAACUGAAAACUCGUCCAUUACUAAUUUCCGUCUACAGACAAUAAAUUUAGUCCUAAAGAACCUUAUCUCAUACUCACAAUAUACACUGACUGAUGACUCAACUGCCGAUCACAAAGUUUUGUUGACAACAAGAUCGAAUUUCAAGAGAGAUAAUGAAUGUACAAACUCAGAUAUAACAAUUGUAUGCUCUGUUGUACGUGACAUGGACAGGAACAAUAAGAAGAUAUCUCAUCAAUCAGCAGAUGACUAUAUGAAGAAAAGGAUUGAUGACAUGCAUCUUAUGGCUCUUCAUAAAUAUGGAGUUCGUAUAAAGUCUGAUGAUAAUUUCUUAAAAUUAAAGGAACAUCUUGGAACUGCCGCUGGAAAAUUGGACAUGAUUGAAGUCAAGCAUUCAAAUCCUUUAACUCUCACAUUUGACGUGAAGCAAGCAUUUAUACUUUAUAAUUCAGCUAGGAUUGAGACACUUUUGAAGAGUUUUAAUGAGAAAGUAGCUAGUGGAUAUUAUCAGCCUUUGCCCGAACUGGAUGAUAUCGAUAUGAAUCUAUUGACUGAUAACGAGGAAUGGAUUUUACUCAAACAAUUAAUGCUAUAUCCCGAUGUCAUUAAAAACUCACUUGGUGAUUUAAAGAACGGCAAAAUUGGACUUCAUUUACUUUAUAAAUAUCUACAGCAUCUCGCAAAGGCAUUCAGCAACUAUUAUAGCAAGAAGAAAGUAUUAACUGAGAACCGUCCACAACUUAUUCCAAUUUUACACGCUAAAAUCCAUUUAUUGAAAGCCGUUCAGACUAUUUUCAACAAGACUUUGAGCAUUUUUGAAAUUGAACCAGUAUCGUUCAUGUAAAUCCAUAACAGCUAUGGACCAAUUACGUUUUUAAAAUUUUUAACGGAUAUUUUAGAUUCGAAUAAUUUUCUUUUGAUUAUUUUGAAAACCUG